AAAUGUCAGAUGUAUUUAGCAGUCACAAAACUGCGUAUUUGUAUUAUGAGUGUACGAUUAUAAAUAUUUGUGAAUUUGUGAUUUAAAUGAUAUUAGUAAUGGUGUUCGUUGCAUGCAUAGAUAUAACAAAUGUUUCCUAGUAAGCGCGUGGUGUAGUGUACCUUAAAAUGGACUAUUCAUAUUAUAAGAAGAAACGAACGACUAACACAACCACCGAAUUAAUUAAUAAGUCAUAUUAAUUAAAUAUUUCGAAUACGACGUGUCUUCAGAUCGUCCCGUUUUAUUAGAGAUGAUAGUUCGCUGGCCGAACCCCCCAUCGUGAAAAUAGGACAGAACCAUGGGACAACAAACCUCAAGGAAGAACGGCGAGUGCUCUUGCGGCUGCGGCUUCGAGCGGCGGCGCUACGCGGAGUCUCCGAGCAGCGUGCAGAGAUACGUCAGCGCUGUCACGGACAGAUGGUCGACGCGCGAGUGUUCGUGCCGGCGACGCGGCCGGCGGCCGGCCUGCGUGUGCACCGCCUACCGCCGCGUCAGCGUCGCCGACGCCAUCGCUGACGACCGGCUGGCAGCAGUUAUAACGCUUGGCGCUAGAGAUCUACGCAGAGAACUGGAUACCAUCGUCUUAAACCGAGAAGGCGACAACCCAACAGACGGCACUGCUGAAGUAUAUGUUCUCUCAGUCGCUCCCAGAUCUGAUUCGGAAUCAUCACAAGAAGGCAGAAGGAGUGAGCUCACACAAGCUAGCGAUGGCUCUAUACGGUUACAUCCACACUUCCAGGUGGUGUGUGGCGGACAGCUUCGCGCACUGCUGCUCCGUGCUCCGCUGUCGGGCGGCGGGGCGGGGGCGGGGGCGGGGGCGGGGGGGCCGCACGCACACCAACACCCGAUACCUACUAAAGUCCACACGCAGGUGGACUACAUACAUUGCCUAGUACCAGACCUUCAACAGAUCACCGCUUGCUCAUUCUACUGGGGCAAGAUGGACCGAUACGAAGCAGAGCGACUAUUGGACAAUAAACCUGAAGGCACAUUCCUCCUCCGCGACUCGGCGCAGGAAGACCACCUGUUCUCGGUGUCGUUCCGCAAGUACGGGCGCUCGCUGCACGCCAGGAUCGAGCACUACCAGCACCGCUUCAGCUUCGACUCGCACGACCCGGCCGUGUUCGCCGCGCCCACGGUCACGAGGCUCAUAGAGCACUACAAGGACCCAGCCUGCGUGAUGUUCUUCGAGCCGAUGCUGACCGCCCCCCUCCCCCGCACCAGCCCCUUCGGCCUGCAGCAGCUCGCCCGCGCCGUCAUCGUGUCCCACACCAGCUACGAUGGCGUAGAAAAACUGCCCCUACCGCCGCGCAUGCGCGCGUACCUAAAGGAGUACCACUACAGACAACGCGUGCGCGUGCGCCGCCUCGAGCCAGAACUGUUCCCCCAUCUCUCCUAACGCCACCCUUUCUAUUGGUAAAUGCAUUCAUCUACCAUUGGACUACAUAACAGAAACUUUCCAAAAAGUUAGAAAAUUUCACAAGUAAUUAAGAAAAUGGCAAGUUUAAUUUUUAUAGAACAUUCAAAUAUUCUUCGCAAUGUAAUGUAAUUAAAAACUAUCUUGAUUAACAAAAGUUCCAAUAUAAAUCGUAAAAAAGUAGUUUUAUCUAAUAAAAACUGAGAAAAAAGAAAUAUGCAUCAAUUGUGCCCUCCUCAACCAAAAGGGUACUUAUUGUCGGUUGUCAAUGAGGCGCUAUUUUCAUGUAGCUUCAAUUUGAAAUCAACCUUAUCGACAACCGACAAUGUGGUACCUUUUGGUUGAAAACGUCACAAUUUAUGGUUAUAAGCUAGAAGGCAAUAUAUUGUAAACAUAUUUAUGCUUAUAAUAUAAGCCUUGUAUUGCAUAAAUACUAAUAACAUUACGUAAUUAGCUCCAUGCAUGAAUUUAUUUUUAUUUUUGGAUUCAUAAUUUAUAUCGUUGGAACACCGGAAAUGAUAAAAAUACUUUUGUAAACCUUAACAUUAUUUUAUUAAAAAAUAUUUAAAAUGUUGAAAAUUUUUGAGCGGUUGAAACGCUCAUAAUUUUUGGCGCGAAUUCGACAGAGCGUGAUGACGUCACACGUUGGGCGGCCCAACUGACGUUUGCUACUAAUGACACUAAUCUGUCGAACGCGUGACGUCACGUGGCGUUUCGAGCGUUUCGCUCACUAGCUUUUCGCGGGCAAAUUUUUGUACUUUUUAUUUAUAAUUUUGAGUAAUUAAAUGGUAAUUUAAAAACGGAAAUGCAUUUGUAACAUGAUAUAACGGUAACAAACAUCCGAAUAAAACAUAUUUCGUUCAAAUAUAAACCAUGCAUGAGGCUAAUUAUAUCAUUCUAGUCUAAAAACGUCACAUGAAAUAUAAAACACUGAAAUUAUAUCAGAUGAACAUUAAAAAAAAAAUUUUUAGGUUUCGAUCUGUUUUAAGAGAAAAUUUCAAAAGUAACACUAAUAUUUUUUUUACAUUAUUUCGCAUAAUUUCAACGAUAGUUCCAAAAUGGGACAGAAAACGAAAUGUAUGUAUGUCUGUACGAUACGAAUGACGAUAUCCUUUGAACAUUUCGAGUGUAUGUCAGAUCGAUAGUGCUAUAGAUAAAAAGUAUUUUAUAUUGUAAAUAUUGUUUAAUUAUUGGAUAAGUAAUAAUAAUAAUUAGGGUUUAGAAAGACUUCCAAACAUCACGCAAAAUUACGAUACAAUUUUUUUAUUAUUAUAAGUUAAAAAGCUAAAUACGAAUAAAAUUGUUUUAAUAUAUUUUCUAGUAUGUCAAAAUCCAGAGCAAAAUGGUGAUUAUGUUUAAGUAUUCAUCAAAUAAAUACUAAAAUAGUGGCUACAAACUUUCGAUCUACGUACUCACAUGCGCGUUGCUGCCUUUUUUAUCGUAUGUCAAAAUUUAAUGAAAGAAAUCUGUCAUAUAAUUAGGCGUCUCUGAACCUAAAUUAUUUGUUUGAAUAAAAGAAAAUAAUGUAACAUAAAAUUAAUUUUAUAUUCUUGUAUAGAAAGAUGUAUCUACUUAAACGCAGGUUUUUAAUUUAUUUCCCAUAUAAAGGGCAUAUUUUCGAAAUCAGUUUUUUUUUUCUUUAUAAUAAUCAUGGUUUGCGGCAUUUUUAGUUAUUUAUUAGUUAAUAAAAUGUCUUUACUUGACAUAAACUAUAGGGUCAAUGCGCCAGUUUCCGUCCAUGCUCUAGGUCUCGGCAACAUGACGGAUUAGCAAAUAAUAUAUUUAAUUAUUAAUUUGCUACUUGCGAAAUUGUUUGUUUAUUGUUUAUUAAGAAACAAACGGUUGUAUACAUUUACAGUUAAGCAGAAAUACAUGUUUUUUUUUUACUGCGUCGGUGGCAAACAAGCAUACGGCCCGCCUGAUGUUAAGCAGCCUUAGCCAGAGGAGUUACAUGCGCGUUGCCGACCCUAACACUCCUCUCCCUCGAGCUCUGGCAACCUUACUCACCGGCAGGAACACAACACUAUUAGUAGGGUCUAGUGUUAUUUGGCUGCGGUUUUCUGUAAGGUGGAGGUACCUCCCCAGUUGGGCUCUGCUCUAGAUCUGGAAUGACAUCUGCUGUCCUGUGCCCUACCACACAAAGCGAGAUGUCAUUCACAGUGCCCAUACCUCUCUUUUGGACGUAGUUUAAGGACAUACCCGGGUACAAAUGAUAAUAUUUUUAUGUAGAUAGAUAUAUUGUUUAGGCAUUUAGGAUUGCAAUAAGUCCUAAUUUGUGCAGCAAUGUUAGUUUAUAUUUAAAUUUCGCCAAGUGGAUGAAAAAUAGAGCUGGAAGAAAAUUUGCGCAAUGACCCUAUGGAUAUUAUAAGUUAUACAAUAUAUAAUAGUAGUUAUGGGGGUAUAUUUUCUAUGUAAAAUUUGCUAUAGUUUUUGUCAAGUAUAGUACAUUUCUAUAUUACUUAUACGUAUUAUAGUACUAUUGAGGAGUGUCUUUUCAAAAGGGUUUAUUUCUCUAUGAAAUACCAAUGAGGAUAUAAUAAGAUAGAGCGGUACUGUCAUAGUAAAUUUUGUAACCACUGUAAAUUCACUGCCAUCUAUUGACAUACUUUAAAACUAAAAAUGAAGAUUUAUAAAAAUACGUUAAAAUGUAUUUAAAUAUGGAUAAAUGAUUUUUUUAUUUGCAUUAAUUAUUUUUAUAUGAUUUUGACCCAUGUUCUUUCACUGGUAUGCGUUAAAAUUAUAAAUAACAAACGAAACAGUCAACGCCCUCUAUACGAGAGUAGGCCAAAACUAGUGGUGCCAUCUGAUCGAGAAUUAAAUUUUCGUGAUUUUCGAGGCAUGUUUUUUCCUUAGACUGUAUCCAUCUAUUACGGAGUUAUAUCUAUCUUUGGAAAUACCAUACAAAAAUAAGCCUUGUGUGUCUUAUUUUUGUAUGGUUUUUCAUAGUGAAAUAAACCCUUUUGAAACGACACUCCUCUAUUAUCAAAGAGAAUUAAGUAGACAUAGUGCUCACUCCAAUCAUUAGUUUUGUUACCAAAAAGACUAUUAUUUCUGUAGUCGACAUCUAGCGUCAUGUAGCGGAAUUAUCAGUACCGCUACUCGACACUAGAUGUCACGUGUGUCGCGACUGACGAAAAGUGUAUUGCUCAACAAUUUACAACUAAUAUUACAAGCAGAAGGAGUUGAAAAUAGAGUUCCGGUUAUAAUAUUAGCUGAAAAUUGUUGAGCAUUAGACUUAGAUCGUCGCGACAUCUAUUGUCAACUAGCAGUACUGAUAAAUCCGCUACUUAACGCUAGAUGUCGACUACGAAAAUAACUCGUAAUUUUUGGACUUAUGGAGUUAGCACUCUUUCCUUACAUAUAUUUCUCUAUGGUGGAAACGCAGCCUAAACGUCAUACUUUCAUAUGAAUUUAACAUGGUGGCGCUUCCACACUCGUUUGCCAACACGGUGCUGAGUUUGUUUGCACUGAUUCGCUCUAUUUUAGAUUUUUCCCCAUAUUUAUUACUGAACUGUGAUGAUUUUUGUAUCAUACAUCACAUUAGCUAAUAGACCUAAAUUGAUAUGUAAUAUUAAUGUCCGCCAGAAAAACUUAAGAUAAAUUUUAAAAACCGUGUUGAAAUGUUGAAGAAUACGAGGCAGGCAAUCCUCUUUCAGCCAACAAAAAAAUUCAACAACUUAAACCAAUGUAAAAAUUAGUUGCAUAGUUCAUAUAUGUGGCUUUCCAUCAGAGAAGGGUCCUUAUGUUUCAUCUGUAAUAAGAACAUUUAUAUCAGAAUUUCUGUUGAAAUUUCAUAUAAAAAAAACCGGCCAAGUGCGAGUUGGACUGUAUUAUUUUAUUAUAUGUAUUUUUUAUGUGAAAUGUCUUUAAAAAACCCGUAGGGGUCGGAUUAAAAACUAAGUAAUUAAGUCCGACUCACGCUUGACUGCACAUUUCUAAUAGGUUUUCUGGUGAUCUAUAGGUAAAGAUCUAUCUUGUGUAUUUUUUUCGAAAUUUUUGACCCAGUAGUUUCGGAGAUAAAGGGGGGGGGGGGGAGGUAAUUUUUUGCCUAUUUUCUUGAAUAACUUCUAAACUAUUUAUCUUAAAAUUAUAAAAAAAAAAUAUUUGAGAUUCUCACAAUGAGCUCUUUCAUUUGAUAUGCAACACGAUAUAGUUUGACAAACUUUAUUUUUUAAUUUUCUCAUUUACCCCCCAAAAGUAGCCCCCCUGUUUAAAAUUAAUUUGUUUACGUUACAUGUCCAUCUUUGGGUCACAAACUUACAUAUGUGUACCAAAUUUCAACUUCAUUGGUCCAAUAGUUUCGGAGAAAAUAGGCUGUGACAGACGGACAGACAGACAGACGCACGAGUGAUCCUAUAAGGGUUCCGUUUUUUUCUUUUGAGGUACGGAACCCUAACUAAAUACACAUAUUCUUCUGUCAAACCACACAGUGGUUUGUUGACAGACGAGGCUCUUAUUGCACUUGAAGCUUAAGGUACCUUCUGUGAUAGAAAGCCACAUAUAUUCUCAAAAGCCUUUUAUAUGUUCCUCGAUUUAAUAUUCGCCUAAAAAAAUAAGUCGGUAUAUUUACUAUGAAGUUUUGGUGCGUAUAUUUUUGCCUUUUCAUUUGGUCUCUAACAAUUGUACAUUACAUAUUGUAUAGGUAUGUAUAGAUUAAUUGUAUAUGUAUAGGUUGUGUCCAUUUACUGUAGAAAUUAUGCUAAGAUGCAAAAUACUUCAAAAUAUUGUAGUAGAUGGCGCUGCAUGUUCCGUUUAUUUCUCUCUUCUCCUUCUUCCUGCCCUUAUCCCACGUUAUGUGGAGUCGGCACAUGUUUUUCUCUUCCAUUUUCCUCUAUCUUUCGUCACCUCAGCACUCACUCCUUUCUUUCUCAUGUCCCGUUUAUUUAUAUGAGGUAACUAAGUUGUCAACGCUAGUGGCCUAGCGGUAAGAGCGUGCGUGGCAACCCGGUGGUGGCGGGUUCAAACCCCGGCUCGUACCAAUUAGUUUUUCGGAACUUAUGUACGAAAUAUCAUUUGAUAUUUACCAGUCGCAUUUCGGUGAAGGAAAACAUCGUGAGGAAACCGGACUAAUCCCAUGGCAUAGUUUACCCUUUAAGUUUGAAGGCCAGAUGGCAGUCGCUUUCGUAAAAAAACUGCCUACGUCAAUUCUCGGGAUUAGUUGUCAAGUGGACCCCAGGCUCCCAAAAUGCAAAAUGCUCCUUAGCAAAAUGCCGGGAUAAUGCGAGGAAAAUUAUGAACUAAGUUGUCAAGCCAGUCACCGUAAAAACAUGGUUCCCUAUUGUGAUGCAGAAAGUUUUUUUUACAUAUUUUUGUAUUGCAUAAUGUUACUUGGCAGAAAUGUCGUUUGGCAGAAUUACCUUACGCAUAAUAUUACUUUGCAAAAUUUCUUUUUGCAUAAUAUUAUUUGGCAGAAAACCCUAAUCUAACCCACUUAGAAAAUUAUGCGAAAUGACUAUUAUGGCAAGUAUAUAUUUAUGCGAAAAUAUCAUUCGACUAUAAGUUUUCUGCGAUACGUGUUAUGCGAAGUGUAUUUCUGACAAAAACAUACAUCGCCAUCUUUCGGCUGUUAUUAUUACAGCAACAAUUAUAUUGCACUAUUUUACGCUUAGUAUUAGUUUGUCUGUUCUUUAGUAAGUGGACACAAAUGGGGCAUUUUCUAUGAAAAGGGACCUUAUUGUCGAUGGCGCUUACGCCGCACAGCGUCGCGCGGCAUUGUAUUUAUAUCGGAGCAUCGUUUAUAAUGGCGUAAGCGCCAUCGACAAUAAGGUCCCUUUUUAUAGGAAAUACCACAAAUAUAGUGCAUAAUAGCACUUCACGCAAAGCGUACAAAUUAUUGAAAGAAAUACAUUUAUUUUAAAGGA